ACAAUGAGCGACAGUCGGGCUACCAAACUGGUCAAACAGCGGGUGUGAAAAUGGUAGGUAACCAAAAUAAACACAAACCCAUGCAUUGCAUUUGGUGCCAGUGAUGCUUAUCUCCAAUACUAUUGUUGUAUUACCACAGUACAUGCUUUGCCGCGUUUUUGUGAAGCCUACAAUGGUCAGUUUGUUGUGUUCGCUGCUAUUCCAGGGAAGGUCAGUUGAUAUUUUGAGAGCAGCUAGCUAGCUACACGUCCCUUUUUGGUAGUCUGUAACUUCGGCUGUGAGCAGGUCAGCAGUUUGAUCUCAAAGGCAGACAAAAAGCGGGGUCGUUUGGGUUAAACACCGGCACUUUCAUUACUAUAAUGACAUCAUGCUCCAAGGAUUGUAGCCCUGUGGUUAAUGCCAGUGAUACAUUCUGGCUAACUUAGCUUACGUUAGCUAGUAGAAGUUACUAGCUGGUGGUCUGUUGACAAUGCUAAACUAACGCCAUCCGCACAGUUGUCCGUGCUGCGAAAACAGCAAUGAGGAUGGGCAUUUAAUUUCAAGUGGAUGUUGCCGACAGUAAUCAAUAAGGAUCGGCACAGUCAUUGCAAACUCACAGAGUUUUAGUCUCCGGUUUCAGGAAAUGCUCUUCUGUCAAGUGUCUUUGCUGCGCCGCCGCUGCAGCAGCAGCAGCUGUGAGGAGACGACGGAGCUGCUGCUUUAGAUUUACUGUUUCUUUGGCAUUUAAAAGGAUCAUAACUUUACCCACCUUCUCACGUUCUUUACUUUUUAUUUACUGGGUUAAUCGCCAAUUUUUGUCCGUAAAUAACAAGGUAUGUACUGAAAUUGCUUGUUCAUAUUUAUUAUAAAAGUGAAGAACUCAAAUGUAAACCAAAAAAUAAACAAAGACCACGAAAUGGGUGUCAUUUUUUCUGGUCUUUAUAUAUCUUUGUCAUAAGAAAUAGUUGAUCAGAACUGUUGAUUCAUUUCAGGAGAUCUAUCAAACUACAAAUCACCCAGCAAGUACAGAAAACUUAAAGGUUUUAGCCAUCUUUGGUUAAAGUUUCUUCAUUUUUUUGUUCCUGUGAGGAGACGGCAGAGCUGCUUUAUAUUUACUGUCUUUAUUUGGCAUUGAAAAGGAUCAUAACUUUACCUACCUUCCCAUAUUAUUUACUUUUUAUUCACUGGGUUAAUCGCCAAUCUUUGUCCAUAAAUAACAAGGUAUGUACUGAAAUGGCUUGUUCGUAUUUAUCAUUUUGUUGAUAGAAUAGUGAAGAACUCAAAUGUAAACUGAAAGAAUAAACAAAGACCACGAAAUGGGUGUCAUGUUUCUAGUCUUUAUAUAUUCGUGUCAUACGGAAUAGUUGAUCAGAACUGUUGAUUCAUUUCAGGAGAUCUAUCCAAGUACAAAUCACCCAGCAAGUACAGAAAACUUUAAGGUUUUACUUGUGGGUUAUUACUUGCCAUCUUUGGUUCAAGUUUCUUCAUUUUUUGUUAUAGUUUUUAUAGCUCUAUUGUGAAGUAUGGAUGCAUAACUCUCAUAACCUUGCUCAAUUCGCUGUAACAGAUGAAAUAUGCACCAAUCAAUCCUCUUGCUCCAUUUGCAAAUGAUGUCCACCAACUCCACAAGACAUCUUAAAACAGUGGCAUAUUUAAUCAUUUUUGUCUCUUAAUUUUUGAUAUUGGCGAGUAUUUCUGGGCAGGGGUGCUUGUAUUACACUCCAGACUUGUUGCACCUCUAGGUCUUGCUGAUGGCAUCCCGAUUCUCUCCUCAUGUUACAUCUAUGACUGUAGUUAUCUAAGGGGCCCACUUGGGUACAGCAUGUGCUCUGAGAAUCCAUAACAUCCCCCUUCAGAAAAGCCCACGAUGCUUUUGGACAGAACAUAAUAACCACCACUACUGCGUCCUGGAUCGCCACCUCUGAUGUGUGACAGACUAACCUUUUGAAAUGUGUGUCAGAGUGUUUCUGAGUGUCUCCCAGUUGUUUCUGUCCUCUUUUCUGUUGCCUGAAUGCCUGUAGAUGUGUGUGUCUCGCUCUGUGUUUUUGUUUGUGUCUCGCUCUGUGUUUGUGUGUUGUUGUCUGUACUCCCUAGCCUGAUAGGGCCAGUGUCUGACAGCCCCUGUCCUGUACUUACACAGCAUAAGCUGAAGUCUUCGCAGAAGGAAAAGGUACGGCAGUUCAUGUCCUUCACACAGGCUGGGGAGAAGACAGCUGUGUACUGCCUCACACAGAAUGACUGGAAACUAGAAGUUGCAACUGACAACUACUUUCAGAAUCCAGAUCUCUACUGUAAGGAAUCCAUGAAAACCUCAGUAGACCGGAAACGGCUGGAGCAGCUCUACAAUCGCUAUAAAGGCAAGUUGUUUUUUUUUUUUUUUUUGGUGUAACUUAUUAGUAUGCUCUUUUGUUUUGACAUUAAAGACGGUACUCUUUCAAAGUUGGAUGCUACAUGUUUACUGUUAUGUUAUUUGUCAAAUUGAUAGAUCCCCAGGAUGAGAAUAAAAUUGGUAUUGACGGGAUCCAGCAGUUUUGUGAUGACCUCUCUCUGGAUCCAGCCAGCAUCACAGUACUGGUUGUAGCGUGGAAAUUUCGGGCCGCCACUCAGUGCGAGUUUACCAAGAAGGAGUUUCUCGACGGAAUGACAGAGCUGGGGUGAGUGUUGACAUCAACAGGGUGUGACAUGCUCCUAAAGUGGGACACAAACAUUGAGCCUGAGGUCUCUUUGCAUGGUGUUUCUCUUACUGUAGCUCUAGAGAGGGGAGGCUUUCUAUAUUUAGACUCAGUCACCCUCAGUUUGAGUAUUCAGUGUCUUCGUGGAAUGACCAAAUGGGAGAGUGGCUGUGUUUUGACGUUUGAGUUUCACGUGUCAAAGUUAACUUUAGUUUGUUAGUCAUAGCAUUCAGGCUCUUGUGUGACAAGUUGAGGUAUAUAAGUGUCUUCAACCACUGUGUGAUUUUUCAUGUCUAUCAAUAAUUUUGUACAUUUAUUGUAGGUGUGACAGUCCAGAAAAACUGAAGGCCCUCUUACCAAGAUUAGAGCAGGAACUCAAAGAUAGUGGGAAGUUCAAGGACUUCUACCAGUUCACCUUUAACUUUGCCAAAAAUCCUGGACAGAAGGGUCUCGGUAAGAAGACUAUUGAUCGCAAGAAGAACUUUGGAAAGACUCAUACUUAUAAACUGUUGAGACAACAUGAUCUGUCUUUUUGUGUGUGUUUAGACUUGGAGAUGGCCGUAGCCUACUGGAACCUGGUUCUGUCAGGGCGGUUUAAGUUCCUCGAUCUUUGGAAUAGAUUUCUUUUGGUGAGUUGAAGAAAUACAUUUAUAGAGUUCUCUGUAACUCAAGUACAGCUCAUGUAAAGAGGCUCAGUGCUGCUCUGGGCUCAGCUCAAGCCCUCCACUUGUAGCUGCUCUCUUCCUCCCCUGUUUAUGAGUGACUUUUCCCCGCUCUGUUAAAGAAAUAGUAAUAAAAAGCCAAAAAAGUUAGCCUAAACACUAGAGUGAAAUUCUAAAUCCUAUAAUAGAAAAAUGUAAUUUGGCAUUUGUCGUUUGUGGUGAUGGCUUCUUUAGCUGAGACACAAUUUCUAAUGGCCAGCAGAUGGCUGUUUUCUUCACCCCUGAAACACUGCUUGCGAGAAAAUUGUCAAGGAAAACAGUUUGGCCACUGAAACUGUUCUUGAGAAUCACAUUACUGAUUGUUCUUACGUCAAGUUCUGCACUCCCUCGCUUCCUCUGCAAUGUACAAGCCAGGUUUGAAGCCAAUCAGCUGAAUGGUUUCUCAAGAUAGAUUCUUCUCAUGACAGCCAACUUUUUAUGACCCCGGUAAUCUCUGGCUUCAAGUUACUGUCAACAAAAACAAUCUAGAGCUCUGUGCGUUAAAAUUGAUGAUUCUAAAUCUGAAGAAUGGGAGAAAGCUGACUUCAAAUUAUUAUAGAGUACAUGUCGAGUUGGAUUUGUGAAUCCUUCAGUAAAAGCUGUUUGACCCUGUUUUCUCGCUUUCCUGGCUAUCACACAUACUCUUGCAACACAAGUCCACAAACUGGUCUGCCGGUCCGUCAGUAACUUACACUCUGUUAAUGUAUCGGCUGGAAUAUCAACACCUUUUUACACAAAUGGAAAACAGAAGUAUGUAUAAUAUGUUCACCAGCACUUGUCUGUUCUAGGAGCACCACAAACGAUCCAUCCCAAAGGACACAUGGAACCUAUUGUUGGACUUUGGAAACAUGAUUGCAGACGACAUGUCAAACUAUGAUGAAGAAGGUGAGUCAAAUAUGUUCACAUGGUGCGUUCCCAUGGAUUCAGGCAGACAACUGCUGAAUACAAACAAUGAAAUUCAGCCCUCUAUUUUUGAAAUAGAAGACAUUGUUAGUGGACUGAUCUGACAGCCACAUGUUGACCACCUUGACAAUCAAGUCAUGGGCAAUCUGGACAGUGAGAAGGCAAUAGAUUUGAGGCAACGUAAUAAUUUCCCUUUUAGAUAGAAUUAAGGGUUUGAAAUAAAUAAAAACUUUGAGAUAAAACUGUGUUUUCUUGCCAUGAGAAUUGUGUUUAUAGGUACAAGAAAAAACACAAACUAGACAGACAAAUCAUUUUGAAAUAAUAAAUUAUUGAUAGAAAUAUUUUUAUUCAUACUGUUGUGAAAAAAGUUAGGGCAUUGUACAAUAUUAAAAAGAGAUUUUAAGUAUUUGCAAAUCCUUUAAACCCUGUUUUUUAAUUGGUAAGAGUGUAAAGACAACAUAUCAAAUGCUAUUGUUGCAUACUCAUUUUACAUUAGAUGCUAACAUGUUUUUGGAAAGUUGGGACAUUGACAACAAAUCACUGAAAAUGUUGGUAACAGGUAAGUAACAUGAGUGGGUGUAAAAAGGUUGUCACAGAGAGGCUGAGCCCCUCAGAAAUUAAGAUAGGAUGAGGUUCACCAUUCUGUGAGACCAUGUGAGCAAACAGUUCAUCAAAUUCAGAAUAAUGUUCCUCAGCAUUGAAUUGAAAACAAUUUUGGGAUGUCCUCAUUUGCUGUGCAAGAGCCAAAAGGUUCAGAGGACAUGCAGAAAUAUGAGAAGGACACUGAUACAAUUUCAAGAUUUCAUCCACAAAUGCAGGUCAAAACUUUGCCAUACAACAAGGAAACCAUUAAUAAACAUGAUCUAGAAACCCUCCAGGACUUCUUUGGGCUUGAGCUCAUGUGAGAUGGACUGAGGCAAAGUGAAAAACUGUCCUGUGGUCUUAAAAGUCAAAGUUUGAUGUUCUUUUUGGACAUCCUGGACACUGUGCCCUCCACUCUAGAGGGCCCCAGACAGCCCAGCUUUUCACCAGGGUACAGUUCAAAAGUCAACAUCCAUGAUAGUGUUGGGAUGGAUAGGAGAGGAACAUACACAUCUAAAGGCACUGUUAAUACUGAACACUAUGCACAAGUUUUGGAGCAACCUGUGCUGUCAUCCAGUCAACGUCUUACUUAGGAAAGACCUUGAAGAUUUAGCAAACCACAUUCUGCUCAUUAAAAAACAUUUGGCACAUCAUUGAACUGAAGAUAAUGACAAAGGGGACUUCAACUCUGAGCUGUUGGGCAGCUGAAAUCCUGUUGGCGAUGCAACAUUAUGAUGAACAUGCUUCAUCCCAGUUUUUUUAAACGUGUUGCUGACCUCAAAUUAAAAAAUGAACAUGUAUAUAUAUCAUCUGAUAUGUUGACUUCACACUAUUUUUUAUUAGAUACAGGGUUGAAAUGAUUUGAUUACUACAAUUCAGUUUUUGCUCACUUUCUAUACAGUAUCCUGUGUUGUAAUAUAAUAAUAAUAAUAGUAAUAUAGUUGUAACAUAACACUGCCAUUUGUUGGGCAAAUUGUCUUUUUUCUUCUAUCAAAUGUCUCCCAAAUAUUGAUAUGUAUCAGCUGUCCACCUAAGUCUGAGUCCAUAUGAAUGCAGCCGAAAACUGUAUUUAAUAACUCUUCUACUUUUAUCUCUGUGACAUUAAUAACAUUUUCAUGUUUCUCUUUCAGGGGCAUGGCCAGUCCUUAUAGAUGAUUUCGUGGAAUUUGCUCGACCGAUUGUUACAGGAUCGAAACGUAAAACUCUCUAAAUCCAACGCCGCCUCUGGAAAGCCAGAACGUUGUUUCUUUUACAGUGACUUCAUAGUUUUUUUAAGACUUGUACAAAAAAAAGUGAAAAUUGUAGAGCAAACGGAAGCACUUGAAUCUGUCAGGAAACCACCUUUCAGGGAGCUGAGCAAAAACUCUGAGAAGAACUGGCGUCAUGUUUUUUGUCCUCAUGAGACUGAGGCAUCCUGUGGACAUGGCCAGAUUCACCUUUGUCUCUGCUGCUGGACUCUCAGUGUCCUGGACGCCUCCUUUGCUCUGCUCCAGGAGGAACUCUAGCUGUCAGGCCCUGUGAGCGGGGAUGGAUGCGGCACUGCAAGGAGGUUCACUGGCUGUGUGUACUCUAAAGGGACUGGAGAGGAGGAAACUGUGUGUAAUAGGAAUCUUCCUAGUCAGCUUUGUAUCGAAGCUCUGAGUGACUGUGCAAAGAUCCCAUGUCUCACUUUGGGACUGAGUGCUCGCUACACCAGCACCUACACACUUGUUGCAGUUUUUACUGUACAUACUGUAUCUAUUGGGACAGUUUACAAAGACAGCUAUAUGAAGAAUAAUAUAAAUAUGUUCAGUUUAUAAAUGCAAAAGAGGAUUCUUUUAUGUACAGUAAAUGCUAUGAUCUCCAUCGGGAUGCCUCAAUAUUGUGGAUGAUAUGCUGUUGGUUUAAUUAUUAGGUGGAUGUGUCGAGUCAAAGAGUUGUGAGCUUCUUAUUGAAAGCAUGUUAAACACAUUUUACGUCACCUCAGGCUGGUUUCACACGUACGUUUUCACUGAAGUAAAGGCUGUGCUGAACUCUGAUAAAUGAUAUUGGUUCAUGGAAUUCAUCCGUCUGGUUGAUCUCAGUUGAGAGAUCUAAAUUCUUAAAGUCAACGUAAGCAGUCCUGUCCAUGAUACCAUCAUUUUGCUUUCUUUCCCACUGUUGAGGAGAGUUAAACUUUGAAUCAGACGUUCCUUCUAAGAGGGGUGAUAAAUGAUGAUAAAGUGACACUUGAGCAACAUUUAACUGAAGAACUAACAGACCCCAAGGAUUGCAUGGCACAUAUCUGUAUUGUCUGGCAGUGCAGAGCCCUUAGUUCAGACACCAGGACACUAAAGACGGCGACAACAGGACAACAAAGUAAGCCUUAAGAAUAAAUAUCUCUGUUCAAUAUUUAUGUUUCUGUUCAAGCCCAUCUGUCCAGUGUUACUGACGGUAGUGAAUAUAUUGUUGAUACAUCAUGUAAGUAGCCUAAGUAUAUUGUUCAUUUCAGAAAGAUGAAUAAAGCAUGAGUUUUUUCAUAAUCAGA